AUUAGUCAGCUCCGCUGGGACAUUAGUUGCAUCGGUGCAUCCAUCCCGAUCCGAUCCGGUCGGCGAUAGUGAUGGUGAGAUAACCCGGCCGGAGGUCGCUGUAUUACGUUGGCUUAUUUGUGGUUGCGGCCUAUGGCUAUUAAGACGCAGACGUCUAUGGUUUGACGUGAUCAAGCUGACGCAUAAUCCCAAUUGCUUGCAUCACGAAGCAAAAUGUUUGGAAAAAUAAAACCGCUUUUAACGGUCGAUAGGAGGGCAGGGCUGCCAGCUCGCUAGAAUUUCCACAGCGAUAGUCGAGGAUCGCCACCAGGCCGGUGCCAUCUCCAACCCACAGUGUGACCGUAUAUCCCUGCAUUUGUUUAUGUUUUGCGCAGCAAACUAUGGAUCCUUCAAUUAUUGAAUUUAUUGGCGAAAAGUGCAUGAUCAGCAUUAUUCCAAACUUCUCCAACGAACCCCUCCAUCUCAUAUACGGAUCUGUGGGUCCUUUCCGGGCGGGCUUUCCCGUAUUUGUGCCCCUGUGGAUGGCCACGCAUCUGCGCAAGCAACAAAAGUGCAGGAUCGUGCCGCCAGAAUGGAUGGAUAUGGAUAUACUGGAGGAAAUCAAGGAGGAGGAGAAGCGAUCGAAAUUCUUCACAAAAAUGCCCUGCGAGCACUACAUGGUUGUGGCCCAGUUGGUCAUGAGCACGGCGCCGGAUGAUGUUCCCCGUUGCGAGGAGCUGCGCACUGUGAUUAAGGACAUCUUCGACAUAAGGGAAUCCAAGUUGCGCACCUCGAUUGAUGCCUUCAUCAAGGGAGAGGGCACCUACGCGAAGCUGGACAACCUGACGCUCCUGGAGAUUCACAGUGUGCGGCCCAUUUUGCCGUAUUCCCUGGACCACAUAGCUCGGUACCAAAGAACGGCCACCGCCUCCCAGAGGGACACUUCCAUGCUGAGUGCUUCCAUGGCGGGAUCCAGUUCGGUUCCCAAUAGCAACUCGCUGUUUUCUCAAUAAUCUUACCACCUAAGUCCUUAAUAGCAUUGUAGACCUGUUCGAAAAUAAAUUUAUAUAGAUGUAAGAGAACUGCUGGUGUUUUCUGAUUUCUGCAAAAUAAAAGAAAAUAAUGAGUAAUGCAAA